AUGAACAUGAUUUACGCUUCAGAUCCUGCGUUGAAGUAUGAGCCUUUAUCUGCCUGGAACAGUACAAAUCCGAAGACAAACCAGACCGGGUCUACCGUCUCAGUCCAAUUUCAAGGUAAGUCCCCAAUACGCUCGCCCGCGAAAGUCGUGAAGAGUGAGGUCGCUGUUGCUCCAGGGACGACAUUGAAGGCGUUCGGGAAAACAGAGCUGCCGUCCAUCUUUUACUCUGAAGAUGAUCACCAGAUACACAACCAGUCUAUCUCGGCCCAUGAAGAGAAAGACAGCGUCAUGAUCCUCGAGCUUUCCUACCAUGAAUGCUCAAAUCAUGCCGUGAAAUUGAUAGUGUUCAACUCGGCCGAGCAAGGGCAUGGCUUGGCCAUCAGCAAGUUCGAGUAUACACCGUGCACACCGAAUAUUACCCUAGCCCAACCCUCGAUCCCAUACACGCCUAUCGUCCCGCCGGCGACGCCCGCAGCCCAAUCUACGUCACCCUCGACAUCGUCAGUAUCGUCGUCGUCGUCAUCGAGCAACGACACCGCCCAAACCGUAGGGAUCGCCAUCGGCUGCGUCCUCGGCGCGCUCCUGAUCCUCUCGGUCGCCGGUCUGCUAUGGCAAGCACCACACCCCUCUGGCCCGCCUAAACUGACCGCUCUCCGUGCAGAUCUGCCGCCACACUUCCCUUCAAGCGCCCUCAGCAAGUACGCGCCCGCCGCAGACAGCCGCGCACUCUUCUCGGUGGAGGUCAUCGCGCCGUCGCGCGACGAGAAGUCCGAGCUGCCCGCGCCCGCGAUCAGGCCGGUAGAGGGCACGAGCGGGGCCGCGUACCUACGCGGGUACCUCCCCGACUCUAAGGAAUGGCUCCGCAACGCAGAGCGCGCGCGCGUCGCCGCGGCGGCGGCAGCGGCAGCACAGAGCGCGCAUGGAGAGCCCGGUGGGCACGCGGCCGCGUACGAGGGCGGGAUCGCAGGCGGGAACGGCGAGCGACCUGUGGUAUGA